UUAUAUUUGUCUUCACUGACUUUCCGUAGCUGACGAAGUCUUGUUGAAAAUGAAACCUUGAAUGUGUUACAUUUUUUGAUUGUCUUAAAAACAAUUUAGGCUUAUUUUAUGAACACCAAAUUCAAAUGGAUAAGCAUUGCUUAAUAAGAAAAAGUGAAUCUGACAUCGUUUCCGAAAUUCCAGGACAACCGUACUGCAUUUCAGUAUUGAAAGAGGGAUACUGUAGAGCUGAAGCAGACGGCUCGUUUAAAGCUGACGGUACGAUCACGUUAAUUACCGGGCCACAAACUAUUUUAGUAGACACCGGGGGCCCGUGGGAUCGAGAAUUUCUCGUCGCAAAACUUAAGGAGAAAGGUUUGACACCAGGCUCUGUGGCUGUAGUUGUCGGGACUCAUGGUCACUCUGAUCACGUGGGAAACUUGGGGUUGUUUCCACACGCCAAAAUAAUUGUGGGAUGUGACAUAAGCGUGGGUGAUCGAUAUCUGCCAAAUCAACUAGCUGAAGGGCAACCAUACCCUAUUGAUGACUAUGUAUCAAUCAUUCCCACUCCUGGACACACAGGCAGAGAUGUAAGUGUGUUGGUAAAAGAAACCUUACAAGGUACGGUCCUUGUUGCAGGGGACUUGUUUGAACGCUGCCACGAUGAAGACUCCUGGAGGGACCUGAGUGAGAACCCCCAGGUACAAGAGAUCAACCGAGAGAUGGCAUUAAAGACUGCUGAUGUCAUCAUUCCUGGACAUGGGCCAUUGUUUAGGGUGCACAGAGAAUGAUGACAUUUUUCAAGGGUAGCCGGAGCUAUGAUGAAACCUCCCCACAUGACAAAGCACUGUAGUAUACUUUUUACUAUUUACUAUAGGAAACUGUAGUAAAUUAAAGCAAAUACUACACUUUGUUUUCGUAUAGUUUAGUGGAGUAUUUUCAUGUGGGUGACCUAGAAGAAUUUAUGAAUGCAUUUUCAUCACUGUGAUUGAACUUUGGUCAGUUUGUUAAAAAUUAAAAAGUAUUAAAUGUAUUAAAGGUGCAGUGAGUAAAUUUUAGCAGCAUCUAGUGGUGAGGUUGCGAAUUGCAACCAACGGCUCAGUCCACUGCUCACCCCUCACUUUUGAAAUGCAUAUGCUACAGUAGCCGCCACCGGAAAAAACAUGUCAUCGACGGAGACAACUUAGUAAAAAAGUUUGUCCAUAAAGGGCUUCCGUAGAAACAUGGUGGCACAAAAUGGCGACUUCCAUGUAAGGGGACCCUCUGUGUAUGUAGAUAAAAACGUCUCAUUCUAAGGUAAUAAAAACAUAACGGUUCAUUAUAAAAAGGUCUUUAUACACCCCUGAUAAUAUAGUUUUGUUUAUUACUUUGCAUUUCUGUCAAGAGAUCCUUUUAAAAAAUUACACACUGUACCUUUAAAAGUAAAAACAUGGAUUAGAGUCAAAUCAGAGAAAACUAUAAUCUCGGUAAUCUGAACUUCAUGGGGUGGUUUCCCGGACAGGGAUUAUCUUAAACCAGGACUAGGCCUUAGUUAAAAUUAGGAAAUAUUACUAGUUUUAACAAACAUGUCUUACUAAAAACAUUACUUGUGUGCAUUUUGAGGCAAACCAAGGUCACUGAUGUAUUUUAUGUCAGUGCAAGUUGUUUUUAGUUUGGACAGCUCUUACAUUUAUUUUAGUCUAGGACUAGUCUAAUCCCUGUUUGGGAAACCGCCCCUUUAACUUUUUAUAUAUAUGUGUCACUGUAUGAAUAAAAUAUUUAGGUACAAAUUAUGUUCAUAUUUUACUUAUUUAUUGUGGCUAUUAAAUUUUUAAUUGUGACUCUUAUCACAGUCUUUCAGUUUACAGGUAUUGGCUAAGCAAGACAAUUUAUUAGUUUAUUAGUUGUUCCGGUUUUAUCAGAUUUCGAACAAAUAAGGCACAAAUUGGUUAUGAAAGCUUUAGGUGACGUCAGAUGUUAUGACGCAGUCAUUCUGUGACUACCCAGUAAGGUCAAAGUUUCCUUUGUAUGCUUUUUAUUUUAGUGGAGUUUUCAACACUUUAAGUUUUAUAUAUUUAUGUAUUUUUGUAUUUUAUACUGUGUCUUCAAUAGCACUUAGAUAUAAAAAGGAUCCAAAAGGCCUGUGUGCCAUUCAGAAUGGAAUUGAGAGAGCUUUUUACAUUACAUUACAUUACAAUUCAAUUCUUGAAUUUACAUUGAAUUUGAAUUGAGGUAGAAUUGACGAUAAUAAAUAUAACUGGUGAAAUAUUCAUUAGAUGAACUUAAAAACAAGGAUUUGAAUAUUGUUCGAAGAGCCUUGUUCUACUACUACAGCUUAGUUCUACUAUUCUAUGGCAGCUUAUUUCAGGGAUGCAUACAUUUUGUGGUGAGCAAACUGAUAAAUAGAUUUAUUUUUAUCUUGUUUUACACUCUAAGAACGUAUGAAAAACAACACAAUCAGUCAACACUAAAUGUGUUGUCCCAAACUAGACACAUCUCUGUGAUAUUAUCGGAACAACAGAUUUUUUGUUAUUUUAACACAACUUGUGCUGUCAAGUUAUUUUAACACAAAUCAACACAAAAUGUCACGUAAGGAAUAAUUGACGACGGGACAAUAUAGUUGGGGGGGCCAAAGUCUUAAAAGCUCAAUAAAAUGGGUUGAUCCUGA